CUUCUCUACUCUCUAGAUGCUACGCUUGGACAAUUACCCUACGUACACCACCCACAGAAAAGAUCAUAUAAGAGAGGGUGCCAUUGAUGACACAAUCGUUCUUUCUGUAUCACCGCCUCGUGUUACAACUCGCUCACACACAAAACCUCUGCGUAUUGCUAACCAUAAUGACCGACUAUUAUCCUUACGUCCUUCCUUACGAGUCAACAUCCCAAGCUCAACCAUUUAUCCCUCGAGUAAGCGAUGGAAUAUCCAGACAAUCACAUACUAUGGAAGAAGCACGGCCACGAUACCAUGCGUUGCCGACGAAGGUAGAGAAACUGUACAUGUCUAUAGCGGCGGCUGAAGCUGUCAUUGUGUUCGCCUUAGCCGCUGCAGUCUUUGGGCUCGUUGAAGUGAAUGUCAAGGACGCCGGAUUGAAGAUAAAGACUGUUCCCGUUUAUCUCGCCAUAUUUCUGCUGUCACAAGUCUUCUCGUUGCUAUAUGUUUUCGAUGCCUUGCGAGCUCGAAACAUCGUACAGCUCUUUCUGCACAUCUGGUUGAACCUCAUGCUUCUGCUUUACGCCAUUCUGCAGAUACCCCAGACAAAGAUAGCACUUGAAGAUGUCACUGGUAGUUGUGGUGAUUUUGAUCGCUGCACAGGCCCUGGCUCACUAUUCAACGUCAUCCAAGGCAUCCUCAUCGUACCUCCCAUCAUCUUUGGACUGGCCCUCAUUUCCUUUGGGUUUUUGUCCAGGCAGCUUUACUUUCAGUUUGGCUGGGAUGUUUUCCGAUUGGUUGGGGCCUCUCCUGAACUGAAAAGAAUACAUAGGGCAUAUCAAACUUUGCUGUCUCUGCUCAAGCUGCUCCUGUUUUUUGCCAUGGCGUUCUGUCUCGCCUACCUCAUCCUUGUGACAGCUUGGAGCACUAAUAGAGGAGAAUUUAUCCUAACGGUGGUGGCAUUACCGCUGGUCAUCGUCUUCAUCUUGCUCUGCGGCUGGGCACUUCGGACAGAAAACAAAACCGUGAUGGUUUGUCUACUGGUCAUCAUGGUAGCAGGCUUGGCCUACUUCAUCUAUAAGCUCGUCACCCUCUGGCUUCCUCGCACAUCUUCACUCUACAUCAAUACCAAAAUCACGAUGGCCAUCCUCUCGAUAUUUUCCAUCAUCAUAUUGCUCGUUACAUUUAUUUUUGGGUGCAUGUGUAUGUCAAAUUUCGGUAAAGGCUUGGUCGAGGCGCAUCAGAAUCCGGAGAACAGGACAAGUCUUUGGUCUUUACCAGCAAACAAGGGAUGGAGUAGAAAAUAUAAUGGUAAUGAAGGGGAAAGUGGCCAGAUGGUGCCGCAGAUGGUCAUUGAAUAAGGGCACUCGGGAGGCUCAGUCAUUCGGUAUUCAGCAUUUUGGUUCGACAAUGUCAUUGUAGCAUACUAAUUAUCUGUGGAAUUGGUGAAGUGAUAAGGUUUGGGCGCGAUUACAUACAUGACCACGGGCAGCCAUUGUUCAAGAUAUCAUAAAUGUCAAUGCUGGCUAUGGUCGUAUAAAGUCGUAGAGUCGUUCAUGGCAAGAAAGGCGUUGGCUCAGCAUAAUCUAUAUAAUCGUUUAAUAACUCGAA